GUGCUGGACUUGCUAGUACUUUAGUAGUGACUUGGUUAUUACAACCUGCUUGUAGUGCCCGUCCCUCACCCAGCAACCCGCUCCGCGACCAUCUCUUGUCUUCAUCGCCUCUGACAUCAACUCCCACUUCCAGGUUCUUUGUUGUACCACUUGUUCUUGAACACCAUCGAUCUACCUCUGGCCCUGCGCACUUUCAUCCUCACAUUAUAUCUUUGAACUUUGGGUGCCUCCAAGUUCCCAUACCCUCCCAUCAGAAUUAGAUCAUGUCGGUUGAACUAGAUCCUGCCGAACUGGGCUUCAGACGCCCUUUCGACCGUGAGGUCACUGAGACGCUCAAGCUGAUCAAUAACAACUCAUCUCCUGUCGCUUUCAAGGUCAAGACAACCGCGCCAAAACAAUAUUGUGUGAGGCCCAAUUCGGGCACUAUUCAACCCAAUGACUCCGUCCAAGUCCAAGUUCUCCUGCAAGCCAUGAAAGAAGAGCCUCCCUUGGACGCCAAAUGCCGAGACAAAUUCCUUGUCCAGUCCGUUCUCACAUCCCCUGACCAGGAUCCCAACGUCACCACACUUUGGCAACAGGUGGAGAAGACGGCCAAAUCCUCCAUCUCGGAAAAGAAGAUUCGUGUCAACUUCCUUCCUGCGGUAGGUGCCUCCACCAAUGGCACGCUAUCAUCGUCAUCACACCCUGGAGAAGAACAACCGCCAGCCUACUCGUCCCCCUCACCUCAGUUCGGCUCUCCCGCCCCUGUCGCCUCCUCUUCCACGCCUGCAAAGAAUUCGAGCUCCGAGCUGGGCCGGGGGGGCUCAUCUUCCGUGGCCGAGGCGACCGGAAUCACCGCCGCCGCCGCCGCCAUUUCGCGAAGCAUUCCCACGUCCAACGAGGAGUUGCAAGAACAGUUGGCUGCAGCCAAAGCUCAGAUCCAGAAACUCAGCGCCCAGGUGCAAGAUCCACAGUUUCGGCAGAGAAAGGCCCAGCAGGCCAGUGAAAAAGUGCAAACAGUCGUGCAACAAUCCAACGAAUCCGGUGUCCCUCUGCAGAUUGUCGCAGGACUUUGCUUGCUCAGUUUCCUGAUUGCUUAUCUGUUCUUCUAGCUGACCCAAUUUGGUCUGCAGCGAGUAGGGGAGUUUGGAAGAAGCAUUGGGUGGGCCAACUCUACAACCAGGAUUUCGGCCGAUCCCGUAGCCGACAUUUCCUUGGUCGUUUUAAUCGGUGUUAUAAAGGCCACAUAAGGACGAUCCCCAGCUCCGCAAGAAGAGAGGACAACCUCUGGAACAUGUAGGGCUGCCUCUUGUCUGGUGUUUGCUAUCAACAUCAAUAGAGGCUUCUGGUCACCAAACUAUGAGGAUUGUGAGUCGCAUGUAUAUGAAGGGCAGCCUGGGGACAGAUGUUAUGAGGCGAGACGGUCUGAGGAUUUUGUCACCUGGGUGAGCUCAUUGUGGUUUCCCUGCAUGUAAGCGUAAGCAAACAGAAAACAAGCAAAUCUUGGUCCAUGAUGAUGUUGCAACAAUCAAAUGUCAUCUGCAGAAAACUGUCGUGCCUCGUUCGAGAUUCCUGGACAGCUUAUUUGCCUUUGCAUGUAGAAAUUAAGG